CUGAAGCAGCUGAAAACAAAAAGUCCCAAAAUAUGUAUAAUCCUCCGACGAUUCUCUCCGUCGUCCUCUGCCACAUACUCCUCUUCUCCGGUCUCUCUCUCACCGAAGCAGCCGGCGGCCGGUGGAGGCUUUUACAGAGAAGCGUCGGCAUACCGGCCAUGCACAUGCAGUUGCUCCGAAACGACCGCGUUGUGAUGUUCGACCGCACCGAUUUUGGCCUCUCCAAUUUGUCUCUGCCCAGAGGCAAAUGCCUCAGAGACCCAAACGCCAACAUUAAAGUCGACUGCACGGCUCAUUCCAUCGAGUACAAUGUCGCAUCCAACACUUUCCGUCCACUCAUGGUCCAAUCCGACGUCUGGUGUUCCUCCGGUGCCGUAAGUCCCGACGGCGCCCUCGUUCAGACGGGCGGCUUCAAUUCCGGCGAACGCAGAGUCCGAAUCUUCAAACCCUGUCCCACCUGCGACUGGGAGGAGAUUCAGUUGGGCCUGCUAGCCCGCCGGUGGUACGCCACUAACCACAUUCUCCCGGACGGAAGACAGAUCAUAAUCGGCGGCCGGCGACAAUUUAACUACGAAUUCUACCCCAAAAACAGAGCAACUCAAAAACUGUUCGGAUUGCCCUUCUUGGGCGAGACCAACGACCCAAAAAUCGAGAACAAUUUGUACCCAUUUGUUUUUCUACAGCCAGAUGGGAAUUUAUUCAUAUUCGCUAACAAUCGAGCCAUUUUAUUCGAUUACGCCGGAAACAGAGUUGUCAAAACAUUUCCGACAAUUCCAGAUGGCAAUCCCAGGUGCUACCCGAGCACUGGGUCCGCCGUGAUGCUGCCGUUGAAAUUGGGGGCUAAAUUCGUUGAAGUUGAGGUUUUGGUUUGCGGCGGUGCUCCUAAAGGAGCUUUUACGAGGGCCAACCGUGGGAUUUUUGUAGAGGCGUUAAAAACUUGCGCCAGAAUUAAAAUUACCGACCCGAAUCCCGAGUGGGUCCUGGAAACGAUGCCGCAGCCUCGUGUGAUGGGUGAUUUGUUGUUGCUUCCAAACGGCAACGCUUUGUUGAUUAAUGGAGCGUCCGCGGGAACCGCCGGGUGGGAAAUCGGGCGGGAACCGGUUUUGAACCCGGUUAUUUACCACACGAAUAGACCGCUCGGGAAGAGGUUCGAAUUGCAGAACCCGACUACCAUUCCCCGGAUGUACCACUCGACGGCGAUUUUACUCCGCGACGGCCGGGUUCUCGUCGGCGGCAGUAACCCCCAUUCGAAUUAUAGUUUCACCGGCGUGCUUUUUCCGACUGAAUUAAGCUUAGAAGCGUUCUCUCCGUCGUAUUUAGACCCCCAAUUUUCAGCUCUACGGCCCAAAAUCACAUCCCCCAUGUCUCCGGCGGAGCUCCGUCAUGGGCAAGUAUUUAAGGUGGGUUUCACCGUCGCCGGAAAAGUUGACCCGAAAACGGUGUCGGUGACGGUUCUGUCUCCGUCGUUCAACACUCAUUCGUUUUCCAUGAAUCAGAGGCUGCUGAUUCUGGGCGGCGGGAAGUUCAGAAACAGAGGGAAAUCGGGGUAUGAGGUGGAGGUUACAGCUCCGGGAUCGGGCAACGUUGCGCCGGCGGGGUAUUAUAUAUUAUACGUUGUUCAUCAGGAAAUUCCGAGCGAGGGUAUAUGGGUCCAAAUCCAGUGACAAAAUUGACGUCAAUCGCCCAUUUGCUCCGUUUGGAAUUGGUUCUGAUGGUUUUCUUUUGUGUUUCGCGUUUUAAUUAAUUUGAUUAGUAAUUGUCAAUAAACACACAGAAAUGGAAAAGAAAAUACAAAUAAAAAUGAAAAAAACUACCGUUUUGUUUGCAGAAGG